GGACCGUGCGCAUGCACCGUUGGGUUCAAGAUGGCGGCGAUGAAGCGAGUUCUUCCCUGUGUUUCGGCUCGUGUUUUGGGAGUUCGUAGUCCCGUAGUCUCUGCUGUCAGAAUGAUGUGCAUCGGCGAACCAGGAAGUGGAGCUGGCAAGGGUGGAGGAUCUGGUGGAAAUAUCAGGAGUGCAGGUGGGGCGUUUGGUAAGAUGGAACAAGCCCAUGAAGAACAGUACUUUAGGCAAAUGCAAGCCCAGCAGCUGGCAGCUUUGAAAGAGCACCAAGAACACUUGAUCGCCACCCACAAGCAGGAAAUCGAGCACCACGAGGAAGCCAUCCGCCGUCACAAGGAGGCCCUCAAGUCGUACGAGAAGAAGGACGGCAGCGGGAGCGACUCCGACUAGCGACACCUUUUUUCAAUGCUGAUAAAACUGUAAAAUCUCCCUGUUGUCCUGACAAUAACAGUUGUUAAGAUGAAAUUAGAGAUUUCAUUAGGGAGUUUAUUGUAUUACUUGCAUGGGCUCUAGCUUCAGAGCAAUAACUGUUUUGUGUGUUUAUGCUGUGGCAUUAAAGCUGAUAGGUGUUUA